CCACAAUAUCAUUCAGUCUUCAACAUGUCCAACAACCUUUACAGAUCGGAGGACUCUACAUUGUCACUCUGGGAUGCUGCCAACGUCUUGGAGUAUGCCACCUCCCGAUUUACCAGCAUUCAGCUCUCUCUCCAGCGAAGUCAUGUGACCCGGACCGAUGCUUACCAUUCGCAGUUUGUCCGUUAUUUGGUAUGGGAAGCCGAGCGGUUCGUCUUCCCGUUCAUCAACAUUUGCGCGGCCAGUCAUAUCUUGGCAGGUUGGCAGAUCGGAGCCCUGGACAACAACAAACUUUACGAUGCAUUUGAGAACUUCGACUGUAUGGAUCAUUUCGACCUCGGUCUUUUUGAGAUGCCCAACCACAUCUCCCUCCUUGAGGUCAAGGAGUUGGUUGAGGAGCAUGUUGAACAGCUGAAUUUCUCUGAUCAUUUUGUGUAUGCCCAGCCUGUGGGUCAUCUCCUGAUCCCAAAGCUGCCCCAGAUGCCCACCGGCCGUGAUCCCUUGCUGCACCAAGUUCACUGCAUCAGGAAAAACAUGCAACGGCUGGGAGAAGGUUUGCAUUGCAUGCUGCUCACAAAGGUAGAGGAAGGUGAUCUUGCCGUGGAUGCAUUAUGGAAGGACCGGUGGAUGCAGUAA